AGUAAAAUCUCGAAAACGACAAAAUAUCAUUCAUCUGAAGCUCGUUCAAACCCUCGAAUCCAGAUUUCAGGAGCCUAUUUCUUUACAUGGCGGUAAAGAGAAAAAGAGAAAUUGACAGAAACGCAAUCAAUUUGCAGAUGAGAUAUUUUCCGCUUUGUUUCUUCUGCUAUAAAUAAAGCACCCACUAUUGCCAACUGCCUCUCCCAACGGUUACUUCCUCUCAACGGCUUCUUCUUCAACUGAGCUGCCAUGGAUUUCAGCUCGUUCCUGACGUCGCUGGGGACGUCGUUUGUCAUUUUCGUGGUGUUGAUGCUCAUCUUCACCUGGCUCUCCAGGAAACCGGGCAACCACGUCGUCUACUAUCCGAAUCGGAUCAUCAGAGGGCUGGAGCCCUACGACGGAAUCCGCCUCUCCCGCAGCCCGUUCACUUGGAUCAAGGAGGCUGUCUCCUCCACUGAGGCUGAUGUCAUCCGGCAUUCCGGCGUCGAUGCCGCCGUCUAUUUCGUCUACCUCUCCACCGCACUGGGAAUACUGGUUUUGUCUGGUGUUAUCCUUCUACCUGUGCUUCUUCCUGUUGCUUAUACUGCUGAGAUGACAAUUUCUGCAAAUGAAACCACUAGUGAAGGAUCUUUCAAUGAACUUGACAAGCUUUCCAUGGCGCAUAUUGCACAAAAGAGCCACCGGCUAUGGGCAUUCGUUGCAGCUACAUAUUGGGUUUCUUUCGUCACGUAUUACCUCUUGUGGCGCGCAUACAAGCAUGUUUCCAGUAUGAGGGCCGAAGCCCUUAUGUCGUCUGAAGUCAAGAACGAGCAGUUUGCUGUUCUUGUUCGGGACAUUCCCCCUCUCCAAAACAGUCAAACCAGGAACGAACAGGUGGACUCGUAUUUUAAGGCAAUCUAUCCAGAUUCGUAUUACAAGUCAAUGGUGAUCACGGACAACAAAGUGCCCAACAAAAUAUUUGCGGAGUUGGAAGGAUACAGAAAGAAGCUUGCGCGUUCAGAAGCCAUAUAUGCCGGGUCUAAAGGGACUGCUACCCCUGAAGGAACGAGGCCGACUACAAAAACUGGCUUUAUGGGGCUUGUAGGUGACAAGGUUGAUGCAAUAGAGUACUAUAAUGAGAAGAUAAGGGAGUUGGUUCCGAAGUUAGAAUCCGAGCAAAAGAUUGCCAUGAAAGACAAACAGCAACCUGCAGCUGUGAUUUUCUUCAAUAACAGGGUAUCUGCAGCAUCCGCUGCACAAUGUCUGCAUGAUACAAUGGUGGAUAAAUGGACCGCCAUGGAAGCUCCUGAGGCCCGCCAGUUACUAUGGGACAAUCUUUCCAAGAAUUUCUACGAGAGACUGAUUCGGCAAUACCUUGUCUAUUUCAUAGUGUUUCUCACCAUCUUCUUUUACAUGAUACCAAUUGGAUUGAUUUCAGCACUGACUACUUUAGAUAACUUGAAGAAGUUGCUCCCUUUCUUAAAACCAGUGUUGGAUCAGGCUACAGUCAGGACAGUCCUUGGGGCGUACUUGCCUCAGCUUGCUCUUAUAAUAUUCUUGGCACUGUUGCCAAGUUUCUUGUUGUUCCUUUCCAAGGCCGAGGGCAUACCUUCUCUGAGUCAUGCAGAAAGGGCCGCCUCCGGGAAGUACUUCUAUUUCUCGGUGCUGAACGUAUUUAUUGGUGUCACAGUUGGCCACACGCUUUUCGAUUCGUUGAAAACUAUUCAGGAUGAUCCAAACUCUAUAUUCGAUGUACUAGCAGCAAGUCUUCCUGGAAGUGCUACAUUCUUCUUGACUUUUGUAGCUUUGAAGUUCUUUGUCGGCUAUGGGCUUGAGUUAUCACGCAUCAUUCCUUUAAUAAUAUAUCAUCUAAAGAAGAAGUAUCUCUGCAAGACUGAAGAUGAAGUGAAAGAAGCUUGGGCUCCGGGAGAUCUUAAGUAUGGGACUAGAUUUCCUAAUGACAUGCUCAUUCUUACAAUCGUUCUCUGCUACGCUUGCAUAGCUCCGAUAAUCCUUAUAUUCGGAGUGUUGUACUUUGGUUUGGGAUGGCUCAUUCUACGGAAUCAGGUGCUCAAAGUUUACGUGCCUGCAUACGAGACCUACGGCCGGAUGUGGCCCCACAUGUACAACCGCAUCGCAGCAUCGUUGCUCUUGUAUCAAGCCACAAUGAUCGGUUACUUCAGCGCAAAGCAGUUCAUCUACAGCCCGGUUCUGAUCCCACUUCCUAUUUUGACCCUCCUCUUCAUCUACUUAUGCACGAUGAAGUACUACCGCUUCUUCCAGGUGACAGCGCUGGACGUUGCCUGCCGGGAACUGAAGGACACUCCCAAUUUGGAAGGUGUGCUCAGGUCGUACCUCGCACGUAGCCUGAGCGCGGAGAAGGGGACCGAUGAUGUUCAGUUCGUAAAUGAUUUGGUUCACGUUUCAAGACCGGGUUCUGUGGUUUGAUGUUUUUAUCAUUUUGUGAAUUUGUUUGAUGUAUGUUACAUUUCUUAGGUUUUGUAUUAUGCUCCUUAGAGUUGUUCUAGCCUUUUGUUCAUUGUUUCCACUAGGUUUGUUGUUGAGAAGCUGUGUAAAAUGUAGUGCUAGAAAAUUUGUUAUUUAUCGAUUUCAGUCAUUUCUCUGCCAGAAUUUGGUGUGUAUUUGUGAUUGUGAUUGUGGAAUUUAGUGAAAAAAAAUGUUCCCCUUUCUCCUGAUUA